GAACCGGAUUGUCGGUGGUACAAUGACGUUACCUAAUAAUUAAGUAAGUCACAAACGUGUUUGAGUUCUCACAGACUUUGACCCGAUUCAUCAGAACUUAUUAAAAGUUUUUAAAAGACUCGACUUGACCACCGAGCACUUCAGCUUCGUGCCAGCCCUAUCAUCAAGUCGUCGUCCAGGAGACCCUGACCAUGUCUAUACUGUUGUUGUUGUCUCUCGCCGUAGCAGGUAUACGUCUUAGAUUAAAUGAUUCAGAUCGAACUUUUAAUGUUCUCCCGUAUUGGUUAGACCUAAUGCCCUCGUUGGAAAGGCGUUAAAGAAAGUCACUUAUUGUAUCGAUUAAUUUGUAUGUGUGAAUUUAUGAAGCUCUCCUCAUUAAUAUCGAUAUGAGCAAUCGUUUGUUGUCAAAACUAAGAAGACUAUUCAGGUGGGAUUCAUCAUCAUGUUGACCAAGUUUGUUUGUUGUUUUUUCUUGGGGGGAGAGAGAAUGUGCCAUGUUUAUUGAAGCCUAACUAAAAAAUGUGCCGGUAAUUCUCACCAACUGUUGGUAGUUUUAUGCGUUAAGGAUUUUUGUUCUAUGUGGCAUUGCUGUGUUAUGUGGCAUCGCUGUGUUAUGUGACAUUGCUGUGUUAUGUGGCAUUGCUGUGUUAUGUGGCAUUGCUGUGUUAUGUGGCGUUGCUGUGUCAUGUGGCAUUGAUGUGUUAUGUGACAUUGCUGUGUUAUGUGACAUCGCUGUGUUAUGUGGCAUUGCAGUUAGAUCUGAAAUUGCUGUGUUAUGUGACAUGGCUGUGUUAUGUGUCGUUGCUGUGUUAUGUGACAUUGCUGUGUUAUGUGACAUUGCUGUGCUAUGAGACCUCGCUGUGUUAUGUGGCAUUGCAGUUAGAUCUAACAUUGCUGUGUUAUGCGGUACUCUUGUGUUAAAUAAUGUAUGUGGAUGUCCUAAAACACUUGGCACGGGGCCGACUUUGUGCGGUUUCAACGGGUCACCGGACAUGAUGGGAUUGAACUGAAAUCCUAUGAAAACUGUUGAUUCCAACCAGGGAGAGAGAGAAAGAGAGGAGGGGGUGUCAGCUGCGUGGGGUCACAGUGCUCUUCAUUUUAGAAAAACGCCCACAGGCUCCAUGAAAACGCGGGGAGAAUAUCCAUUUGGAAUACACCAUCCACUCUUACACCAUCCUCUCUUGCACUAUCCUAAUCUUACACCAUCCUCUCUUACGCCAUCCUCUCUUACUCCAUCCUCUCUAUCACCAUCCUCGCUUACACCAUCCUCUCUUACACCUUCCUCUCUAUCACCAUCCUCGCUUACACCAUCCUCUCUUACACCAUCCUCUCUUACACCAUCCUCUUUUAUACCAUCCUCUCUUACACCAUCCUGUCUUGGAUACAGAGUCCAGAAAUUUAAAUAUGAAGCUUUUACAGUUUACUAUGUGAAGAAAAACUAGAUGCCUAUACUUCUAGUUGUCAGUUAUCAUUAAAACUUUGCUUUAUUUUUAUAAAUACUUUUCUUAGCAUCUAAAGUUUUUCAUCAGCCUAUAAGCAAAAGCGCUUUUUUCCCUUUACCUCAUCCCUCUUCAACCCUCGACGGAAAUCUACACAUUUUUUUUAUCACUGAAAAGAAUUGUAUUCCUUUUUUUUUUUUUAACCCAAAUCUUCCUAACAGGUGCUGCCGCUCUGCCUUUCCACAACAACAGCAUCCCCAACUACCACCUGGCGGCCGAAGAUUUCAUAUUCCUCAACUCGCUGCCCAAGGGAAAAGCCGGAGCCCAGAUCCCCGGGUUCAAAUACCGCUACCUCGAUGCCACCAACCAUCAGAUCACCCCGACGCUCAUCCCGGCCCAUCACCAGCUGGAGAUCGCCGGGUCGCCCAGGACGAGCCAGCACGCCGUGGACGUGGCGGCCGGCGUGAUCCAGAAGAUGACCAGGUACAUGCCGCAGAGCAUGUUCGAGUCCCUGACCAGAGGAACCGUCGGCAUCUUCACGGCCGCCGAGAAACUCACCGUCUUCCCGGAGAACAAAAACCUGGCCAGCGGCAGCUGUGGGGCGUCUUGUGCCGGUACGUUGCAUAGAGAGAGUUUUCUUUUAACGUGAUAGCUGUACGGCUAGCUAAAAUACUGUGUAAAGCAAGAUUUUAAUUUACUAGCAACACCCCGUCAAAUUAUGAUUUGGGUUGGGGGGGGGGGGUUGAUUCAAUUGAAAAUAUCGUUCACAUUAGAAUAAAAGUUGCAAUAAUAAGUCUACAUUAAAAUGCAACCAAAGUGAACUUAAAUUAUUUCCACACAAAUAGCUAUUUCCUUUCAAAUUUUUGUUUACUUUUCUGACAUGCAUUCAAGGGGGAUAUGAGGCAUUAUUACCCGUUAAGAUGACGUAUGUUUGAAUCAAUUGACAAUGUUUUACUUCAACUAAUCCAAACUUUUAUAAACCUACGCAGCGAGAGGCGACCCGUAAAAGUUGAUGAUCGUUUACAUAAACUUGAUAUUGUAAAUGCCGGCAGACUAACAGAUUUUCAACACGCUAAGGGACACGAACCUCUUUCAACUAAACAUAAAAAUUUCAGAUCAAUUUUUAUCAUUAAUUAAUGUAUAAUAAACUUCACAAAUAAGUAUGACCAAAGAAAAAUCGCAAAUAUAAUCCCUGUGAGGGAAACAUGUUACCCCAAAUGUAGGAUAAAUAAUCCCUGUGAGGGAAACAUGUUUCACCAAAUGUAUGAUAAAUAAUCCCUGUGAGGGAAACAUGUUACACCAAAUGUAGGAUAAAUAAUCCCUGUGAGGAAAACAUGUUACACCAAAUGUAUGAUAAAUAAUCCCUGUGAGGGAAACAUGUUACACCAAAUGUAGGAUAAAUAAUCCCUGUGAGGGAAACAUGUUACACCAAAUGUAGGAUAAAUAAUCCCUGUGAGGAAAACAUGUUACACCAAAUGUAUGAUAAAUAAUCCCUGUGAGGGAAACAUGUUACACCAAAUGUAGGAUAAAUAAUCCCUGUGAGGGAAACAUGUUACACCAAAUGUAGGAUAAAUAAUCCCUGUGAGGGAAACAUGUUACGCCAAAUGUAUGAUAAAUAAUCCAUGAAACCCUGAUUCAAUUGAAUUUAUAUAAAUAGAUAUAUAUAUAUAAAUAAAUAAAUAAAUAUAUAUAUAUAUAUAUAUAUAUAUAUAUGUCAUAUGUAUAUAUGUGUCAUUAAAAGAACUAUUUCCACCUUAUCUCGUCAAAAAUGCGCAGCUUUUUACUUUAAUAUGAAGCGUGAUUUUCAAAUAAGCUUUAUUACUAUUAUUAUUAAUAUUAUAUUUUAUAUACAGAAAGAAAAGAAGAAAGACAAUUUUGGACAAAGGCAUCUGGUUAAAAUUCAAAGUUCAUGACGUAUUAUAAUAUCGCACUUCCAAAUUAAAGUACACCUCUCUUGCAGGCACCUGCUCCCACACCUGUACGUUCGACGGCCGCAAGUAUGAGGACAUCGGUGGCCUGACCAACUCCCGUGCCGUGGUCCUCGACGACAUCGUCCUGUGCACGAGCGCCGACCCGUACCACCACACGGUUAACAUCCUGGUCCACGAGUUCGCCCACCUGGUCCACACCUACGCGACGACGGCCGCCAUCCGGACCCAGAUCACCAACGCGUACAAUGCGGCCAAGCAGCACGCCACCUGGCAGCUCAACACCUACGCCAUGGCCAACGACCACGAGUACUGGGCCAUGGCCUCCGCGGCGUUCUUCGGCGUGGACUACGAGGGCAACAGCAACACUGGCACGAUGAACAUGUGCGGCAACGCCGUCUGCACCACCGUGCCGCUGGUCAGGGAGCACCUCCGCCAGAAGGACCCCGCCCUCUUCAGCGCCCUGGUGCACGUGUACGCCAACAACAACCCGGCGCUGAACCCCGGGCUGACGCGCUGUCCGGCGGGCACCGUGGUGGGGUAGGCUUGGCGAGAAGCAAAACGGCGGUGGUGGGACAGGUAUGAUGAGAAACACCCGUGCUGGGUGGGGUAGUACACAUCAUGAGAAGCACUUGAGGUGGUGGGGUAGAUAUCAGGAGAAGUUCUUGAGAUGGUAGGGCAGACAUCACGAGGAGCCCUUCCCAGGGCGGGGGGGGGGGGGGGUUGGGGGGUGGC